AUGGCCACAGUUGGGUUUAAUGCUUUAUGGCUUUUAUGUGUAAUUUUACUACUCAUUGCCUUCUUUUUAGCGAUAAGAAGGCGUAGACUUGCAGCUCGUGCAGAAGAUCGAAACAAUCAACUGAACGCAACCACAUUUAUACGGCAUACAGGACAAGAAGUACGUAUACACAUGCCGUCCCAUCUACACCCCUGCAACAUGCCAGCAGCAGCAACGAACAACUCAACUGCCAACGCUCCGUAUACGCCCAUCCAUACGGAUGGCAUUCAACCGCCACCACCUACAUUUGAUCCUCAUGAAGAUCAGCCCCCACCAUCGUAUCAAGACUUUAACAAAGACGUUAGAAUUCAAUCCUCCAGCAACAGUAACAACAAUACAAAUCCCCCUUAA